AUGAGGGUUGUGUGGUGUUUGGUGGCCCUGGCGCAGCUGGUGAAGGUGGUGACCCACGGACAAGACGACCGCCUGCCGGGGGAGAGCCGACCCAGUUCCCAGAGGGUCGACAUCACGGUCUACCAGGACAACGAGGGGGAGCGCAGCUUCACCUUCGAGGGCCAGAGGAGCGUGACGGUAGAGGUGGUGCGUGACACGUCGCAGCUGGUGCUGCACGCCGCAGUCAGCAUCUCCUCCCUCACAGUUCGGUACCAAGGCGGCGGCGUCAUCGCCUCCAGCUACGAGCAGCCUCAAGACGGCUGGGACUUCUUGGUGGUGUCGCUACAAGAGCAGGUAGCAGAGGGCUGCCUUUUGGUGCUGGAUAUCGUCUUCUGUGCCAACAUCGGCGACAGGGAGCCCGGCUCUUCUCGCUAUGACUAUCAAGGGCGGGACGGGCAGGCAUUGGACGCUGAGGGUUUCCGUGGCUACUACUUCGAACAGACGCCCCCGAUCAGCGCCUACCAGAUGUCCUGGGUACUGCACGAUAUGGUUGGUAGGGUGCCGUCUGGGGACGUCAGCACUGCCGUCUGGCAAGUGACCUCCAGAAGCGACCAGAACGGUUACGCGAGCUACACGGGACCUCCUUCUGUGGAAGCUAUGGAGCAGCUGCUGGGCGUGCCCCUUUCAUAUUAUGAUACCAACGAGAUGGAUCAUAUGGCCGUACGUGGAUAUAUAGAGGAAAGCGUGAGCGGUUUGGGUAUCAUCACAUACACGGAGAGCAGUGUGCUGGUGGACGACGACUACACAUCGGAGGCGACCAAGGAGCGAGUGCUGGGCGUAAUCCAAUGCGAGGCGGCCCACCAGUGGUUCGGGGGCCUGGUCAGCCCCAGCUGGUGGAACGACCUCUGGCUGACCGAGGGCUUCACCUCCUACUUCCAGUGGAUCGCCGUGGCUCUGGUGCCGCCCUCGUGGCAGCUGCGAGAGGUAUUCGUAGUGAACACGGUGCUGCAGGCCGCCAUGCUAGCAGACGUCGCCCCCGGUAGCUACCCACUCUCCAAGGGCCCCAACAUCUCUGCUCGGCAGGCCUUUGACGAGUACUUCUAUGAAAAAGAUGAGAUUCAGUCUAACAUAUACAUGGACGUGUGGGAGGAUCUGCUGUUGGCGGCCCUGGACUCAGAGUCACCCGCAUCUUCCCUGCCAGAGGGCGGCUCCCUGUCCUCUGUGGUGCAGCCGUGGCUACAGCAGAGCGGCUUCCCGCUCAUCUCCGUCUCCAGGAACUACUCGGACGGGUCAGCUGUCAUAUCACAGUCACCAUACCUGACACAAGUGGACGCCGUGUGGCCAGUGCCCAUCAGCUACACGUCCCGCUCUGAGGCCAACUACUCAGCGACUGCCCCACGGCUCUGGCUGCUGGACUCUGAGCUGGUGGUGCCAGCUGUAGCCCAGCCAGAUGACUGGCUACUCCUCAACAUGAACGUGACUGUGGAAGGGGAGGUGAAAAUUAUUGAUGUGGUAGAAUGGGCCAUGUUGGUGGUGAGUAAGUGGGAGGUAAAGAUGGCGAUGGUGGUGACAGCGGCAGCAGUGUUGAUGGUGGCAGGGGCGAGAAAAGGCGGCGGCAACAAUGACAGCAGCAAUGGUGGUAGCAGCAGUGGAGACAAGGUAGCCCUCAGUGAGGGGAGGGGGGGUAUGACAGUUCGACCAAGGCGAGAUGGCAGUCCUUCUAGCAAGUGGUGA